UUCACCUGCAAGCAACGGCCUUGCCUGCUCUCAAAGGGCUGCCACACCCAUUCACCAUCUCCUCCUUUCUUCGUGUAGUCUCCUCACCCUUCUCUAUGUGCGCGUAGCCCGCGUAAUCUCUCACAUCUGGCAAUGUAUGAUAAUUUGGGAAGCCAGCCUGGGGUGCCAAGACCACCCAUGAACCCCCAACCAAAUCCCUUUGGAAAUACAUUCUAUGGAGCUGGAUCAGGACUCAUCCGAGGUGGGCUGGGCGCAUACGGGGAGAAAAUCCUUGGAUCGAGCUCUGAGUACGUGCAAAGCAAUGUAUGCAAUGUCCGGAGAUCAAAAGAAAUACAGCCAAUGAUCAGUAGGUAUUUUUCGGAUCCUCAAUACUACUUUCAAGUGAAUGACCAAUAUGUGAGGAACAAGUUGAAGGUUAUCUUGUUUCCAUUCCUACACAGGGGACAUUGGACGAGGAUAACAGAACCAGUCGGGGGCAGGCUCUCUUAUAAACCUCCAAUCUACGACAUCAAUGCUCCAGAUUUGUACAUUCCCUUCAUGUCAUUUGGCACCUAUGUGGUUAUUGUGGGCUUCGCGUUGGGCCUUCUUGGAAAGUUUAGCCCCGAAGCUUUGAGCCUGCAGUUUUCGAAAGGAUUGCUUGGCUGGUUUUUGCAGGUCGCCCUGCUUAAAGCUUCCUUAUAUUCACUGGGGACUGGGGAGGCCCCACUGCUGGAUAUUGUUGCAUACGGUGGGUAUGCUUUCACCGGCAUGUCGCUGGCUGUUCUGGCGGGCAUCUUCUCAAGAUAUGCUUAUUACUGCCUGAUGCCGUGGAUGUGCAUCUGCAUGGGGGUGUUCCUGGUGAAGACCAUGAAAAGGGUUCUCUUCGCAGAGGUAAGGAGCUACGAGAAGCAUUCAAGCCGACACCACUACCUUCUACUGUUCAUGGCCGUGGCCCAGUUCCCAUUGUUCUUCUGGUUAGGCAAUGUGGGGUCAUGAAUUCCAACUGCGGCUCUCCUUUAGAAACUGUGUAUUCUAUUGGCAUCCCCAAGGCGGCCUGUCUGAAUCAGACGGUUGUUGUGCACUUGUUUGGCCUUUUGGGUCGUUGUAGGAUGUCGAUGCUUUACAUCACAAGUACAAUGUGGGCUCCGUGUAGGAUGGGCAGACGGUCCCAUGAAGAUGUUUUUUUGUUGCAUUUUUUACUUGUCAACACAAAGAUGGAUUAUAUCCUUAGAUUAGUGCAUUGUAUUCCAUCCAAAUCGAUUUUAGCUAGUUGUGGUUUUAGUCA